ACUAGUUAAAAGAUCUUAUUUGAAUUUGUUUUUGUUUUCACGAGUUUGUUUUUUAUCUUCAACAUAAUGCUUUAAAUUAUAUUAAAAGUUAAAUAAUUAUUGUAAUUAAAGUGGUAAUUUCAAAAUAACAUAGUGCAAUUUUGUACCAGUAGCAAUGUUCCAACCAGAAACUGAAGAUAUGUUGCCCAGAAUGGCGCCGAAACCUAGUGCGGCUGUGCCAAAUGGUGAGGGUAUAAUACGACCACAAGUGCCUGAAAUUUCGAUAUUAUUUGGACAACAGGAAUCGAAUGUUUUACCACAGCAAAAUGUAAAUGGUGGUAUACAGCAGCAACAGUUUAAAACUAAUAAUCCACAGCCAAGCUAUGCGGCUUGGAAGAAACAAAUGUUACCCAAAGUUAAUUAUACACCUUCCGCUGUAAAUAUGGCGGAGGUACAAUUGUCAGAUAGAGGGAAUAAUAAUAACAUGAUGCCGGAUUAUAAUUCUCCUAGGGCAAAUUUGUAUCCGUUGAGAACAGCUACUGCACCAGUAGCUAAUAUGGCGCCAAAUGUAGCAGCAAACGAUUUUGCCCAAUCAAAUCCUCUAACAUAUCGCCGCAGUUUGGAAGGUUGUAACAAUAAUAUGAUGUACCAACAACAAAUGCCACAUUUGCCCCAAACAAUGUCAUCACAAUCGCCUUUGCAAUCAAUAAAACCGUUGUCAAAUCCUAUUAACCAUUUACCAUCUAGAGAUGUUUUAACUAUUUGUGCUGGAACACAAACAGAUGCCAGUUUAGAUUCAUCCAAUAACUAUCAGCAUAAUCUGCAAUCAGGUCCCUGGUCAAAUUUAGCCUCCAAACAAGAUGUUGAUGAAAUGCGUUUAAUAUUAGAGGGAAUGCAGCAGGAACAGCAACGUAUGAUAAAAAUGCUAGAAACACUUUUGUUUAACCCUGCGGCACAAUUUGCCAUAAAGCCGCAGUCAAGAGAUAUGGGAGUGCAGGCAGAUUGUGUAGAAAAUGAUAAUCAACCCUUUACAAAUGGUGAUGCUUUGACUAAUAAUCAAGCCGAAUUCGAUAUUCCACAACAAGCGGUGGCCAAAAAUAAAUUCCUACAACAUUUAAAGCCCUCCCCCAGCAAUAUUCUGCAAACUCCUAAGGGAAAACCUAUGGCUCAGUCAACCACCUAUCGACCAAAUUCUCCACAAACUCUACGUUUCCAAACAGAACAAAACCAUGAAGUGGCUUCAGCUCCUACUUAUCAACAAGUCAGCAGCAAACCUCCUCCCAGCCUACAUAAAUCGGCCUCGGAUACUAGUCUGGCUAUGAAUGAAUUGGCUUUGAAAUAUUUACCCAAUGAAAAGUUAGCGGAAUUAUUAAACGAACUAAAUAUGGAAUGUCCAACAGGCCAAGUCAAUAAUUACCCCCUGCCCAGCACACCUGUACGGCAAAGUGGGGAUAAAUUUGAAAAGGGUCCUUCGGAUAUAUCGAAUGCUUCAUAUAAAUACCUUAAAAAGUAUCGCCUAUUGCCAGAAGAUCAUGUGGAAGAUGAAGAAAAUGUUAUUGUUAAUCAGGACAGAGGAGUGCAGGGGGAAAUUUUGGUAAAUGUCAAUGAGAAUCAAGCGUAUAAUUCACCACAACAGCAGUACAAUAAUAUACGCAAUACACCACUUAAUCAAAGACAAACACCAACAAACAAAUGUUCACCAUACGCUGGGCGUUUGCCAUUAUCACCAUUAACCAGAGGAGCUGCAACGCCGCCACUGUCAUCAGCUGCCAUACAAGCACAACAUUUAGUGAAUUUAGACAAUAUAAAACAGCAACCAAAAUUCUUAUAAAUUGUCUUAAAUAAAAGCAGUAAUUGUUUACACACGUUUUAAUGCAAGUGUAUAUGAAAAUGUGUGUGUAAAUGCUAAGAGUUGAAUUUAGUUUUAUUAACCCACCACAGCUAUUUGUUUACCUUUUCUUCAACUUGACAAACAGCUGAUCGAUUGAGGGCAAGCAACAACAACUAGCUGAUAAAAUAUAAACAAAAACAAGAAGAAAAAUUUUGGCGCGUUUGCAACGACGUUGACAGAGGCGUUGGAAACGUCAACUAAACGUA